UAUUUAAAGGUUCAAUUUACUCUUCCAUUCGCAGCGGUUAUUUUUUUCAUCGAAGCAAGAUUAUUUUCCGCGUCGUUUGAGGAAUUUUCGUCCUCUGAGCCAUUACUACCCUCUUCUGCACCACCCUCAACGCUUCCCGGCAUUUCUUCUACAGGAUUACCAUCAUCAACAACUUCGUCAGUAUCACUCGGCUCCAUGGACAUAGGAACGUCAACAUCGACGAACCCAGCUUUGAAGUACAAAAAUGAUGUUAUCAUCGGAAGGGUAGGCCGCGGCCAAACAAAGAGUCGCCAGAAGAAUAAUGAAACGCAUCUGGAA